CGCUUCUGUUUGUAAAACAGUGAUGUGGCUUUCACUAUUUAGAAAAACACAAUUUCUUAAAGUAUGCCAGAAUGUUUAGUUUUAAAUCCUUACAUUUUGUUGUAUUUGCUUUAAAUAUUUGGCUGGGGCAGGCAGAAAUCUCUGACAAACGUCUAUGUAUAGACGAAAAAUGCUCAGAACUUAUUGCCCUCGGAAAAACCCUGUUGAGAUACCCCAGUCCAGAGGCUGACAUCUUAUCUUUUGGCCCCAAUGAGGACGUAGAAAUAUUCAGCUAUGGAGCUGGUAAUAGAGAAGAAUUAAUUGGUGUAAAGUUAAACGGUAAAAGAGGAUACAUUAAUAAGGCUCAUGUGAAGGAAACUAAACUCAUCAAAAGACCCAAACUUGAAGUAAGCACAAAAUUAGAUCAGGAAUCAGCAGGAGUGCCUGAGGAUGUUUCCUUAAGUGACAUUCAGGCAAAUCCUACACAGGAACCUUUCGAGAUUGUAGAUGGAACUAGGAUUCCAUUGGAUUUAAGUACAGAAGCGCCUGUUCAAGAAACAUUGUCUUUGAAUAUUGACAAUGAAAAUUUGGAUCGACCAACCCCAUCUACACCCAUAAUAAAUUUGCAACUAGAAAAAAAACUUGAAGAUACUCAACAAAUCUUGAAGGAAGUUACUGUGCCUCCGCCAACUGUUAACUUAUUAGAUGGGCAACAAAAUGAAGAGCCUCAAGAAUCGAAUUUACCCCAGUCAAAAUUAAAUUUGGUAGAUGAUAAGAAACUUGAUGAAACUCCACAAUCUUUGGAAGAGGAUGGAGAUGCAGAAGAAGAUGAUGAUGAUGAAGAGGAUAUUGAUGAUGAUGAAGAAGAAGAAGAAGAUAGUAAAGAGAAUACAAGUAUUAAUGAAACUCCAUUGGAAGGUAAUAAUAAAGUUGAAGAAUCUGCUGACAAAUCAAUAAGUUUUGUUGAAAAGGAAGAAGCAGGAAGCGCUGUAGAGAUAGAAAAUAAUACUAUGAGUGAAGUGAAUGAAGCAGUUGCAGAAACUGAUCCCAAUUCAAAAGAGACAGUCUCAUCACUGCCAAAAACCAUGGAUUCUCUACAGACAGGUACACCACCAAGUACCGUAGAAGAACAACUUCCAAUUCAAACUAAUACUAGUAGUUUAGUAACUGAAGAAUUAGCUCCAAGUCUUCCAGAAGCUUCUGAUCAUAUCCCAAUUAAACUAGAAGUCUCAGUUCCAUUGGAUGCAAAUGAUAUAGUUAAUGCAAAUCCUCCAGAAGAAUUACCGCCAAGUCUUCCAGAAGCUACUACUCAAAUCCCAAUUGAACUAGAAGUAUCAGCUCCUUUGGAUUCAAGUGACAUAGUAACUCCAGAUCCUUUAGGAGCUGAUAACCUCGCUGAAAUUCCAGUGGAGAAACCUGCACUACCUGCUAGUGGUGGGAUAUUUGGUGGGUUAUUUGGUGGACGUGAUGCAGAUAAUGUCGGCGAAGAUAAUGCUGAGCUGAAAGACAUUCCAGAAUUUAGUGCAGACAGUAACAAUGAAAAUCCUUCUAGUCAUGAAGAGACUGAAAUAAAGACUCAUGAAGAGGCUGAAAUAAAGACUAAUGAAGUCGAUAUUGAAAUCCUAGAGGAAAAAUCUGAUUCUGGGGAGUUGGGCCAAAUUGCUGAUGUAAAAGAAGAACCGAGUGGUUUUAUUUCAGGAUUUACAUCAAUAUUUACUAGGAAUAGUGUUGAUAAUAAGCCAGAAAAAAAAGAUGUUGAUAAUAUUAAUGAAGCAGCCGAAAACACUUUUAGUGAAGAAAGUGAUGCAGUAAACAAUGAAAAACUUGAAAAAGAAAUUAUUGCAGAAUUCCCUAAUGAAAAUUUAAAUACUUUCCAAGAAGCCAGCUCUUCUAAUUUGAUUAAUGAACAGCAGGAAUUAUGUGAUGGCAAUCCAGAAAAAUGUCUGCAAACAUCGAAACAAAGUUAUUGUGAUAAAGAGGAUGAAGACUGUCUUGGUCUGCAAGAAAAUACUUCUCAUCAACAAGCAGGUCUAGUUGAAAGCCUUACUUCGGUAAAUCUGCAGGACAUUUUUAUUGAAGCUUUCAGUUCAGACAUGUUUCUAUAUUUAAGCACCACAUCGCUUUCUGUGUUAAUAUUGAUUUUCAUUUGGAUUUUGAUGGAUAAGUGGCAUAGAGAAGGACCUUUGAUAGCCAGAAUUAAUAAGUUAGAACAGCAAUUGUUGGCUACCACUAAAGAAAAUGAAAUGUUGCAAGAGAAUAGGGAUGUAGUCAUUGAAGAGAAAACCCAGAUAAUGGUGGAGGCUGUACCAAAUGAGGUGGUGGAAAGACUGAAUGCCAAAAUCUCGGCAAUGGCUGAAGAAAAACUAGCAUUGGAAGAGCAAAUUCAAGCUCUAGAAAGAGAAUUGGAUACGUCAACAGAAGUAGGCAUCGAAUUGAACAAAUUAAUAUCAGAAAUGCUAAAUUCUUCUGAUGGAAGUGAAAUUCUUAAAGAAAACAUCGAACAGAUGCAAAAGAGAGUAUUGGAACAACAGGAUAUCAUUAAUAAUUUAAAUGAAACUUUGAGAGUCAAAGAAAUGAAAAGCCUUGAAGUAAAGAUAGAGUUGGAACUGAGUAAUAAAAAAACUGCAGAUUUGCAAAAUGAAGUUGACAGAAUGGUUGAAAAAAUACUAAAAAUUGAAGAAGAAAAAGAGCAGCAACUAAAAGUUUUGGAAAGUGAAAUUGUUAUUUACCAAAACAAAUGCAAGGAAGCUUCAACCCAGGAGCUCGUGCUAAAAAACGAAAUUCUAAACUUGAAUCAAAAAUUCGCUGAACUUCAAAGAACUGCAGAUACGAAAAUUAAAGAGUAUAACACUCUUAAAGAAACUUUGAGUACAAUUAGGUCUGUCAAAAAUGAUAAAGAAGCACUGAAAUCGUUUUUGAAUGUUAGUGAAAUUAAAGCUCAAUUGGAGCAAAUGAAAUCAGAGAAUUCGAUGUAUGCAGAACAGUUAACUCAAGAAAGAUCAACAAAUCAAGCAUACACUGAGAAGAUUCAAACUCUUUCCAUUGAAGUCGAAGAAUUGAGAGAGAAAUAUGAAAAAGUAGAUAAAGAAAAAGUGGAAAUCAAUACAAAAUUGGAAGUGUUGAAUAAUUACUUCAAAGAAAAAGAAGACCAAAUGCAAAAGGAACUAAUGAAAUAUGAGUCAAUAUGGGAUGCAAAAGAAGGUGAAGCCACAUCAACUACCGAACGAAUUAAAUACAUGCAAGAAGAGUUGCAGAACUACAAGUCUCAAAACGAAAGUCUUAAACAAGAAAUCAUUAACCAAGAAGUGGAAUUGAAAAGUCAAAUUUCUGUGCUCGAAAAAAAAUCCCAUGAAAAUUGGGUCACAAAUCGACAAAUUGAGAGAAAACUGGAAGAAGCUAAACAAGAAGCUGCUUUAUUGAGAAAUAGGCUGACUAUGAGAGAACGUGCUAUAGCUGAAUCAAAUAACCAACACAGAAUGCAAUCUCCUCUACACCCAAAUGGGGAAAUGCCGAUUUCCCCACCACCUCUCGACCCAACUCAAUCACCUCCACCUCUUUAUAACCCAAGAGAUCACAUGCCUUCCGCUCCAAUUCCUGGUAUGCCUCCACCUCCGUUUUUACCACCACCACCUUUAGGUGUAACCCCCUUUUUACCCCCACCUCCUUUAGAAGGCAUGAUGCCACCACGUUUAGGUGAUAUGGGUGGAAUGCCACCAUUCAUGCCUCUUCCUGGAAUGUUCCCAGGGGAUCAUAGACCACCUCCAUUAGGAAGAAUGAGUUCCCCACCACCAGUUGGAGGUAGAUAUACCCCAGAAUCCACUGGAUAUUCAGAGUAUGACAGAUAUAACAGGAGGAGCCCUUCUCCGCCAUAUGAUUCAGAAUAUGGUGCUUCACCCCCUCCCACGAGAGGUUAUAGUCCUUAUGGGGAUAGAGAUGAUAGACGAGGCUAUAAAAAGCCUCAGCCUAGGAGUAAUGGUAGAAGUUCCAAAGGUAUGCAUAGUUCGGGAUCGGAAAACGAUUCAUUGGGUAAAGUAAAUCAUAAAAAAGCGCCUCACAGGAAAGUCUAGUAUUUGGCUUGUUGUUUUCAUAAAUAAUUUAUUUUUUUCAAAUCAAAAUUAAUCCUGCUUGAUAGGAAAGUUCUUCGGCUGACUUGUAAAGUCCUACACAAAAUAAGGCCUACAAAAAACAUCAAGGCCAUGUUUAUGCUCAUGAGAUUACUUCUAGUCUGUUCUUUCAUAAUAUGCUUUUUCGGAGACAUCUGUAUAAGGCAUGCCUUUUGAUCGACCAAAUCUGUACAAUAUACAAAAAUGUUAUUUUUUGUAAGCCAAAGUUUUUUUACUAAUAAUGUUUGUUUGUACAUAAGUAAAUUGUGCUCCUUGCCUUAACAUCAUUGUUUUAUUUUUUCUAUUUUAAAUGUUAGUUUCACGUUCCACA